ACGAAAGUCAUUGUGAACAACGCGGCACACGGUUCGAGACGUGUUCUUCGUGGGAAUGUGAACCCCAGUGUGUCCGAAAUUUUAGCGUUCGCGAUCCUCGACGAAAUUUCACUUUCACGGUGACCCGAGUAUUCUCUAGAAUAUUAUCCCUUCAAAAUGGCGCUGCUAACGCCUUACUGGGGCCUGGAUGGCAUCCUUAUUUUAAUGUCCACGAUGGUGGCCGCCUAUCUGUUCGCGACCCGCAAAUUCAAAUAUUGGACAAAACUAGGUAUCAUGGAGCCCACACCUACGCCCUUCUUCGGUAACUUCUCAGACUGUCUUCUGAUGAAGAAGGCACCCUCAGAAUUCGUGAAGGAUCUGUACGAUCAAGGCAAAGGACUACCUUACAUGGGUUUCUACAUCUUCGACAAGCCAUACUUUCUGGCUCGCGAUCCUGAACUCGUGAAGCAGAUCCUGGUGAAGGACUUUCAGGCGUUCGCUGACAGACACGCGUCCACGGAUCCUAUAAACGAUCGUCUCGGGUACACGAACUUGUUCAUGAUGAAGAAUCCUGAGUGGAAAGUCCUCAGAGCGAAGCUGACGCCGAUUUACACCGCGGGAAAACUCAAGAGAAUGUUCGAGUUAAUGCUGCUGGUCGCUAAGGACAUGGAACGCCAUAUCCAGUCGUUGCUCGUGGACGAUCACGAAAAAGUGAUGGAAUUCAAGGAUCUUUGCGCAAAUUUCACCACCGACAUGAUCGGUAGCACUGCGUUCGGAUUGAACGUGAAUUCUCUGAACAACCCGAACGCAGAGUUCCGCGAAAUAGGCAGGAAGAUAUUCGGCUACAAUUUCCGUCGUUCCUUGGAGUUUCUCGUGAUAUUUUUCGUGCCGGGCUUGGUAAAGUACAUUCGGCCGAAAUUCUUCGGGAAGGAUACAACUCAAUUCUUCAGAACCGUUUUCUGGGAGGUGAUCAACGAGCGAAUCAAAUCGGGAGUAAAGAGGAACGAUCUCAUCGAUCUUCUGAUCGAGCUGAAGGAGAAUCACCAGAAUGACAACACUCUCGAGGGAUUCCAAUUCAACGGUGACGAUUUAGUAGCCCAAGCAGCAGUAUUCUUUACCGGAGGCUUCGAAACUUCUUCCACCACGAUGUCCUUCACAUUGUACGAGCUUGCUCUGAACCUCGAUGUCCAGAAGACUCUUAGGCACGAGAUUCGCGAAGCUCUCUCGAAGUCUGAUGGCAAAAUCACGUACGAAAUGGUGAUGACUCUACCAUAUCUCGACAUGGUAAUCUCAGAAACCCUCCGCAAAUAUCCUCCGUUAGGAUUCUUGGAUCGAAUCACCUCCACAAAAUACGAAGUGCCCAAUUCCGAUCUAGUGUUGGAGAAAGGCACUCCAAUUUUCAUCUCGAUGAUAGGUAUGCACUACGAUCCACAAUACUUCCCGGAUCCGGAAAAGUACGACCCUCUCAGAUUCACCGAGGAAGCCAAACAAACCAGGCCAAAAUUCGUUUACUUCCCCUUCGGCGAAGGACCUCACAUUUGUAUUGGUAUGCGAUUAGGACUCAUGCAAUCGAAACUCGGUAUCCUCCAGCUGAUAAAGGACUACGAAGUCACACCAUGUGAGAAAACGAUAACCCCAAUGGUUCUGGAUCCCAAAGGACUCACCACGACAGCUCUAGGGGGACUCUACCUAAACCUCCGGAAAGUGAACAGCUCGGCUGGAUAAAUUCUUGAAAAUUACUAU